UUUUUUUUUUAAUAUUUUUGAUGUAAAUGCCAGUUGUUAUGUGAAAAACUGAUUGCUGUUGCAUACUUUAUUACACAAUAGUGUGCAUCUCAAUAAAUAAAGUCGAAUGAGUCAUCCGUAAUUAAAUUUAAGUUUUAAUCCUCUAAUCAUGAUGUAAAUACAUAUGACCGAUAGUGAAUUUGUGAAGUAAACAGUGUUAAAGGAUAUUAAUCAGCAAAAAUGGAAGCUGUACCGCGGCUGCCUAUGAUUAGUUUUGAACUAAAAACAUCAACAGAACCGGUAAAUUUCGGCCCAAAGAUCAAACAAUAUAUUACAAGUUAUUACCACGAAGAUGGUGAAAGUUAUGCAAACGAAAUUAACAAUUUGGAAGCUCUUCGAGCUGCUGCUGUUAGGCCCGCUGUUGAUGUUGUAGGUUGUCAGACAUUGAAAAAAUACUAUUGUCAACUCCAUUUUCUUAAAUCAAGAUUUCCUAUGGAAGAAGGACAGCCUGCUGCUGUUUAUUUCUCUUGGCGUGAUGGCUAUACUAACAUGUCCUACUCAGUCCCAGACAUAGAAUUUGAAUUGAUGAAUAUUUUAUACAAUAUUGGUGCACUGCAUUCAAAGUUAGGGGCUGAAGAUGGUAGAACUUCACCUGAUGGUAUGAAGAUGGCUUGUACUCAUUUUCAGUGUGCUGCAUGGGCAUUUCAGAAUGUACGAGAAUUGUAUCCUCAAAUGGUUAAUUUAGUAUUAGCUCCUGAGGUGCUCGAAUACAUGCAGUUAGUAUGUCUUGCCCAAGCUCAGGAAUGCAUAUUGGAAAAGAGCAUGUUAGAUAACAGGAAAGCCACAAUAAUUGCAAAAGUUGCUGUGCAAGUUGUUGAGUAUUAUAAGCAAUCAUUAAAAGCUUUAAGGAAUGGAGGAUUAGAGGGAUCUUUUAGUGAUUUAAUUGGGAGUCAUUCCUGCAAAGAAUGGGAUAAAUAUCUGUUGUUUAAGAUAGCUUAUCAUACUGCAAUUGCACUUUUAUAUCAAGGGCAACAAGCUGAAGAACAACAGAAAAUGGGUGAAAGAGUUGCUUUUUAUCAGAAAGCUUCUGAACAAUUACAAGAUGCUCGAAAAAAAUGUUCUAAUUUGCAACAUCAACAGGAAAUAAAUGAAGCUUUAGCAUUCACCAAUGAUGUUAUUGAAGGAAAAUGCAAAGCUGCUAAAAAUGAAAAUGAAUUUAUUUACCACGAAGAAGUUCCAGAUAAAGAUACAUUGCAAGAUGUAAAGGGAGCAUCUUUGGUAAAGGGGAUUCCAUUCAAUAUAAACGACGUGGAGGUUUCAGGACAAGAUAUAUUUUCACGAUUAGUACCCAUGGAAACACACGAAGCUUCUUCAAUGUACAGUGAACAAAAAGCGCAAUUUUUGCGUCAGUUGGGAAGUACCGUUGAAAGUAAGGAUCGUUCAUUAGCAGAAUUUAUGUCGUCCUUACAAAUCGAUGUUUUAACACAGAUGCAUAAAGCCAAUGGCAUACCACAGCAGAUAAUCGAUCGUGCUGCUGCAAUGUCAGCCAAACCCAGCGCCAUAAGGGAUUUGAUCGAUGCAAUGGGAAAAUUAUCUAAUUCGUACCAAGAAGUGGAAUCUAUGCUUAAAGAAAUUGACGGUUUAUUAAAGGAGGAAGAACAGAAAGAGCAAGAAUAUCAAAGUCGAAUGGGCGCUCGUCCACCCAGCAUUAUCACAACCGAUUUAAAACGUGAAGCAGCUAAAUAUCAGGAAGCUCACUCAAAGGCCUCUGAAUCAAAUCAGAAUUUGCACAAAGCAAUGAUGAGUCACAUUGCUAAUCUAAAAGUCCUAUCGCAACCAUUGAAUCAGUUGCAACAACAAAUACCAAGCAUAACACUUCCAAAUGGAGAAAUUGAUGAAGAUUCACUUAAGGAAAUGGAAAUUUUGCUAGCAAAAGUAGAUGAAAUGAAGCAACAAAGGGUUAGUUUGUGGAAUCAAUUGCGUGAUGCUAUUCAAAACGAUGACAUAACCAGUGUAUUAAUUACAAAAUCUGCAGAUCAGCCUCUUGAUGUUAUUUUUCAGAAUGAACUGGAGAAACACAAAAAGCAGGCUACCAUUUUGGAACAAAAUAUGUCUGCCCAAGAUAAUAUUUGCAAGGCAUUAGUUGACGCAUAUGCCCGUUUUACUAAAACUCGCAGAUAUAUAAACGAUAUUAUAAAUAUGAGAACGACAACUAUUUCGGCAUUAAUCAAUUCAUAUGAUACAUAUGAUGAUUUAUUAUCGAAAGCAACGAAAGGUAUUGAAUUUUACGGAAAAUUGGAAACGAAUGUGACUAAACUAUUACAAAGAAUAAGAAGCACUUGCAAAGUACAAGAUGAAGAGAGAGAACAAAUGUUGGCUAAGGUUGGGAAAAGGUUACCCGAACCUGCAGAAAUUAAAAAAGAAAACCCUUCUUCUACAGCGCCUAAAUUAAAAGAUUAUCUGAACCUUAUGAAAUCAAAUAAUGAAAAUGUUGGUUUAGCUGGAACAACAACUGGUACAGUUGCUGUAAACCAAUCCGUUACCGAUAAUCAAAUGUGGCCUCCGUCUAUCAGACCAGCACCUGUAGGCUCUGAAAUGGAUAAAGAUCAACAGGUUAAAUAUGACGGUGACACUACUUCAUCUGAUAGUGAUAUUGAUUCGAGUUUGGCUGAAAGAAUGGCUAGCUUAAAGACAAGUAUAUCCAGUCAACGUCAGGCGAUCUACAAUAACUAUAACUCUGCUGCAGUAUCCUCACAGUAUCCUAUGGGCAUGACUUCUGUACAAUAUUCGCAACCACCUUAUGCAAGCCAAGGAUAUCAAGUUCCACAACAAUAUACAAACACAUCAGUAAAUUAUUCCUACCAAUAUCCGUCUAAUAAUUACAUUCAAGUACCACAACAAUAUUCUCAAGCACCUGCAGAUCAUACAACCACUCCUUACUCUUCAACUCACACAUAUCAAAGCUACCAACAACCAACAUCAACCUUUUCACAAAUACCACAACCCAGUGUCAAAAAUCCUGUUGUUUCAACUAACAUUCCCAGUUUUCCGCCUACACCAUUGCCAUCGACCUCACAAUAUCAGGCACCUGAUUCUGAACAUCAGUAUUAUCCCCCUUAUUUGGCAACCAGUCUAUAUCAACCUCAAGAGGGUUACUCUUACGGCACUGCAAGCUCUGAACAGAUCGCUGAUACAUCGACGCAGUAUUAUUACCAACAACAGUAUCAAGAUAUUUCCGUUAGUUACCCAGCAACUCAGUCGCAGUAUGUUCCUAUCCCAGAUAGUAGUAAGGCUAUAGGUUCAACUGCCGUGACAAAUACAACUUAUACAACCCUUCCGAAUGCCGUUGCCAGUCCGGCAACUCAAGAAAAUGCGUCGAAUUUGUCUUACAAUUAUGGAACAAACUCUUACUCAUAUACUACCCCCAAUUCAGUUUAUUUAACAAAUACUUCUACUGAAUAUACACCUACAGAAUCAGGAUUAGGAAGUGCAAAUAACACUAGUACUUAUAAUGCUUAUGAAGCAAAUCCUUACACAGCCUCUACUGUCAACCAAUAUGGAACUUAUACACCACACUCGUAUCCCAUCUCAACCGAUAAUUAUCAGGCACCUUCAACAUCAAGUAAUGUGUAUAGCAACCCUGCGAAUUUUCAAGAUUUGAGUUCUGUUCAAAGUCAUCAGUAUUAUUACCAAGGUAACACUACAGCUGAUUCAACUAAUUACACUUAUCCAUAUUCACAAACGAACUAUACUGGCCAAAAUGUACCUUACCCAAAUAAUUCCUCUCAAAGUUAUUUAGGUGUUACAAACAGCAGUUAUCAAAAUUUGCCACCAAAUCCUUCAAUUGUCAGUCCAACUUAUUCAGUGGCAAAUGGCACUCAAAAUACAUCCAUCGUGUCAUCAAACAUUGAUCUUUUAUCUGGUUUAGACUUUUCUGUCAGUCACCCUCCUUUACAACCGCAAAAGCCUGAAGAAAAUGAAAAAGCUGCCGAAACUAACAAAAAUGUCGAUCGUAAUUUAAAAGAGUCAUUAACUGCAAAGUCAGAAGAAAAGAUAAGAACAGUCAAAUCCGAAAAUCCCCCGUUGUUAAUGAAAUUGUUUGAAAAAAUUCAUAAGCGCGGACUUUUUGAAAACCUUCAAAGUGACAGUAAGGUAUUUCUUCAAGAAUUGGAAAAAUUUGAAAAAUUCGUGGAAGUUUUAUGUAAUAAAACACUAAGUGGUCCUACUACAUUAGAUAUGAAGUGGAAAGAAAUUCAGGAUAAGCAAGACUUGGAUCAGCAGAAACAUAUUAUUUCGGUGGGAAGAUGUUAUCCUUCUAAAAAUAGAUUUCUUGAUAUUUUACCUUACGACCACACAAGAGUUUUGCUUACAUCUACCAAAGAUGAUUACAUAAAUGCUUCGAUUUUAAAGAAUAUAACACCCCAUUGUCCAAUAUAUUUGGUAACUCAAACGGCUUUGCAAACAACCAUUAAUGACUUUUGGACUAUGGUUUGGGAACAAAAAGUAGAUUUCAUCGUUUGUCUGUUGAACGAUCAAGAGAUUGGCAAAGACAUUUAUUGGCCAAAAGAAAAGGGUCAGCAACUCACUUUUGGUAAUUGGAUUGUCACAUUACAAAGUAAUGAUAUUAAAGAAUUCUGGACGCAACGCAUUAUUUCUCUUCAUCGGUUGGAAGAACGAGAUUCUAGAAAUCUUAUUCAUAUGCAAUUCACAGCUUGGCCUGGAAGUCUGUUUCCACCAUUCCAUGUAUUUUCGAACUUUGUGAAAGAAAGCAUCAAUUGUUGGAAAGAGCAGCAAAGAACGACUUCGCAGCCAAUACUCGUGCAUUGCCUCUCCGGUAAUGGAAGAAGUGGUCUGUUUUGUUUAUUAACUACAGCAAUAAUUGAAUUUUUAAAUAAACCAACGAAUAUACCAGAUUUACUAGCUAUUGCUUCUGGUAUAACUACCGCUCGAAAGAAUAUUUUGCGUGAUAGGGAACAUCUUAAGUUUGCAUUUCAGGUUUUUCUACAUUAUCUACAAGAUAUUCAGUUAACAAACUUAGGAGUGAAAAGUGCACCAGAAACUGAAAAUUUUGGAAAAGAAAAACCGUUAGAAAAGCCUACAGAUAAUACAGAUCCUUUAAGCACUUUAGACCCUUUAUGGGCAACAAAAAGAAGUAAAUAAUUGAUCCAUAAUUUAAACAUAUUCGCUUUAUAAACUGAUUAAUCUUCAAGAUUUGUUACUUUUAUUUGGGCACGAAUAAAAAUGAAAUAUUAAUA